CUUGCUGCUUUCGGGUGUUUAUUUUUGUUGUUGUCCCGCUUCGAUCUCGUUCGUGUGCUUGCUUGCUUACUUGCUUGGUGAUGUUGUCCAAUGUCCAUACGAGAAACGAGGCAUGUGCGCCGCAUUCAGUUCAGUCAGUGUUGUUGAAGAUUUUCGGAAGGCUUCCUGGGUAGAUCAGCGAUCGAGUAAGGAUCAGUCUGUUGGGUGGUGCUGAAUGGUGUGGAAGUGACCGGGAUUAGUUUGUCUUUCUAUUAUUUUGUUUCGCUCACGAGAGGAUGCUGCAGGGUGAUUUGUUGUUGUGAUUGGGGUGUGAAGGUGUCGAGUAAGAUCAAAACCGUUUGAUUUUGAUCGCCCCUGUGAGGUAUUAAGGCAUCGUUCUGAUGAGAAACUUCCGAUUCCGCCGAUUCGUUCAAUCCGGUAAGAAUCGCCUCUACAUCAGUCAUGAAGUUGUUCAAAAAGUGGUCGCUCGUAAGGCUCGCGAGCCAGAAUAAGGAGCCCUCGUUGAUACCCUCCCUGGAUUUGGGUGAGGGAGGAUCAGAUCAUUUACAAGGAAAAAGCAGCAAACUCAACCGGACCUAUCGCAAGAUCAGCAAGAUCAAGAGCAAAGCGGCGCGAGUGGAUAUGGUCGAGUAAAUGCCAACAUAAACAAUUCGCCGUGCAACUCUCAGCUUAGUGACGAUCGAAAAUGCAAACAUGGUGAUAAAAGUAGUGCUUAUAAUCCCAGCACAGGCCCAGUUCUCAAGCUGGACGACGGCAGUGGCCAUCAGCAGCAGCUCAAAUCGAGAAUAGAUAACAGCGGCCCGUUCAUUGCGGUCCAGCUAGUUGAUAAAGUCGGCAGCAGUGGUGACGUGAGUAGUGUUGAGAAGGCGCGCUCGAUCGAAUAUGGGGUAAAGUCAAUAAUUGCAUCCCCAUUACUGGAGAGCAAAAAUAACGCGACCUCGAUCAGUAUCAAUGACGAUCUGGACCUGGUGAAUCUUGAUGACUACGUCGUAGUGAACCUCGAAGACGACAUCCCCGAAGAUCUCAGCAACGAUUCGGCAUCUUUCCUCUACUGCCUCAUCCAUCUGGGCCAUCGAAUCGAGUAUGGCCUGACGGAGGCACAGUUGGAAGCUUACUCGAAGAUAACCGUCGUUGAGCAACCUGAUCCUACGGCCAAGAAAUCGCCAGCGCCGGUGCCAACUCGCAAACGUAAGCGCACCAGCAGUGAAAAUUUCGACGCACUUGCCCGUUCGUUGAUGGGACCACUGUUUAAAUCGCCGAAAUCUUCCACCAAUAACUCUCCCUCCGAUAGGUCGUCGUCGAGUGACAGUGACGGAGAAGAAGAUUCAAAACACGACGCGGACAUGAACGUGAGGGAACGCUUCGGACUGGACGAUAAUGGCAACAUCACGAUCGGGCUGGAUCACAUUGUGGAGCAGCGUGGCGAGGGAGUUUAUGUGAAACGUCGGCCCAAGUACAUCCGACGGCUCGAGAUUGGUCAGGAAAUUUCUGAAAGAACCCGAUUCCGGUUGCCCUGGAAACAGCUACUGAAAAAGUUGUUCUUCUGUUUGUUGUGCAAAAGUAGAGGCCACCCCCGCAACAAGGCUGUUUUCAGUGGACCGGGCGAAACAAUCGGAGCCUACGCGCUGUCGCUGGCCAACGAUACGGAAUCGACGUUCUCGCAGAAUAUAUCAAACUUCAUAUCAUGCACCAAAGAAUCGAAAGCCGCUCCCCAGGUUGUGAUGCGCAACAUGCGCCAGUUCAUGAGCGGUAUGAAGAACUAUCUGGUCAAGCAUGGCGAGGGAGACUUUUCCAGCGAAGUGCAGAAGGCCCGAUCGCAGCUGAAACCCGAUGAAUUCCUCAACCUGGACUCGAUACUUGAGGAGGUGAUGCAUCGGCUGGUGAUUCUGCCACUUCGCGAGCAUCUUUACGGGCUGUUCGUAGACUACUACACCCAUUCCGGCGACAUUCAGAUCCUGGUGGAGAAGGUUCGGCAGGCUUGCGGCCGAGGACCGAUGGUGUUUGGAAUCAAGGUAAACACCGUUACUCCACCAAAUUCCGGCGCUCUUCGUCAAAUCUCGUCGCUCUUUGUGCGCCUGCAGGAGGCAGAGCUGCCCCUGGAGAAGCUGGACCUGCUUCUGACGGCCGUGUCGACCAUCUUCGAGGGAACGGCCUGUAACAACGGACAACAGCUGAGUGCGGAUGAUUUUCUGCCGGUGAUGGUACUGGUAGUAGCUCACUGCGGAUUCAUCGGAGCCGAAAUCGAAGCGGAGUACAUGUGGGGUCUCAUACAGCCCUCACUGCUCAGCGGAGAAGCCGGGUACUAUUUGACCGCACUGUGCAGUGCCGUUCAUGUGCUCAAAAACUUUUCGCUCCACGAGUACGACGGGCCCAUGGGAGGCUCUUUGGAGUUGGCUUCCCAAUCGCUGCCGGAGUGCUCCUCGGUGCUGCGGGUCAUCAUUCCGGACGAGUACAACGGUUCGAUUCAGACACGAACGCUGCCAAUCCGACCGCACACGACGACCCGGGAGGUGUGCCGCAUUAUCGCCCACAAGGCCCGCGUCACCAAUGCCCAGGACUACGGACUGUUCAAACUGAUCGAUGGAGAAGAAUCUCUACUGCAGGAUAACGAAUGCCCCCAGGACGUGCGGAUGGCGGCCGCCGGCAAGCAUUGCAUGAUAGCCUACAAACGGAUCGAUGCCAAAAUUGCCUGGCCCACGAUGAUGCCCAACUCGCUGACGAUGAUGUCCGCCUGCUCAUCGACGACGACGACGACUGAUAAACACAAUCAUUAAUCCGGAGACGUCCGCGGCACAGAAAAUUGAACUGUUUUUUUUUUCUAUAAUUUUUAACUUUUCUGUCGACGAUUCCGAACGGCAUUUUUGAGAAGAAAUUUCUGCUGUGACACUUUUACAAGGGUUGAUAUAUUUAUGUUGUGUAUGUAAUUACGAAAGCAGAUUAUUUUUAAAAGGUUUAACUAUUAUCAGUUUUUGUUAGGUGUGUUUACCUUGCCGUCUGUGUAUUACUGUAAAACAUUGUGUCCACAAACAGUAUAGGCAGUAUAAGGGCGUUAAUUGGCAGUUUCUUGCCAGCCAAUCUCGAAAUCGAAAUCGCAAUUUUACCAAGUAGAAAUAUAUAUAUUCAAGAUUGGUUCAUAUUCCAAUCUAUAAUAACCUGUGAGAAAACCAAACCUUCCGUAUACUGAUUUGAGAUAACCGAAACUGCAUUAGGGAAACUUUUUCUUGCAACAGGGAAAGCCUUUUCAAGUGACAGUUUCCAAACUGCAGUUGACGAAGAAUAUUUUUUUUAUUAUUUGUGUUUGAAUGAAGAAGAACUCCUCCGUUAAACAAGAUUGAAAAAAAAAACUAAACUACGUAAUGAUAUCAGUAAGAACGACUGUUUGUAAGACUUGAAAGCGGCAUGAAUUUAAUUUUUUUCCAUUGCUCAUAGUUAUUCGGAUGUACUUAGAGAAAGGAGUCAAAUGUUAGGAUCAGAUUGGAAAGAACAUUGAUUAUCUAAAAAAUUACAAUCAUGGGUUUUGUUCAUAACAACAAUUUCAUCAAAUCUCAAAUAAUGUAGUAUUUUGUUCAUUGCAUCCAUUAUUUUAUAAAAGAUGUUUCGUUAAUCAUAGAGAAAAAAGGAGCUUCGUCAAAUUUUGACAAGCAUAUAUUGAUUAACACUAAUUGAACAAUUUUUCAAAGCAGUGGAAAGUUAGCAAUAACCAUGGUUUACAAGAUAAUCAAUGUCUUUUUCUCAGUGCAUCCUCAAGUUAAAAAAAUUAUCACGUGAUAGGUUGCAGCUCUCCAUUUGUCAAAAAAAAACUCUUCCAUUUCAUUACUUUUAACCAUGAAAAUUGUUAUUACUCGCUCUUAAAAUCAGUUUUAAAUGACACGCGUUUGAUCAUUGAAUAAACAAAAAUCAUUUAGAAAAUAGCCUCUAGGAUACUAUCAGUAAAAUCAUAUAUUAUAAUCGAUUUGUAUAACACUAAAACGUAUGCGUAUUUUAUUGGACAACUUAUAACUGUUUUAAGCGACUUUUAUUCUUUCGAUCAUUUUUAAAAUCUUCACUCCGUCAUGAAAUGACCGAUUUUAUUUAAACAAAACGUUGCCAAAAAAUUUUAUAAGAAAAUACCUUUUCACUAAUGCAUAAGAGCAAAAAAAAAACUUUCUUAGUAAGGUCUAAUAAUCUUUUCAAGGAAUAAUUGCAUCCGACAAUCUGAUUGAAGCAGUAUCGAUGUUUUGUGAUUAUACAAAAAAAACUAUGUUACGUAAAUAGAAAAGAACCAUCCAUCUGGACCAAGUCAAGGAUAUUUUUCACGAAGCAAAAUAACACCAUGUUUGAACAAAACAUUUUACCUAUUAUUUGAACAUAACGAGAAAAAAAUUACCAUAGCUAGUCAGUUGAACGUUUUAUUUGAGAAAAAAAACCUUUAUCUAUGUUCAUCCGUUUUGUUGACCGUUUGUUAAUUCGCAGUUUUUGAUUUAGGAAAUUGAACCAUUACACACAAUCUGUUAUCGAGAAAAAGCUCCGAGAAAAUUUAGUCGUGUGAAACCAUUGAAAUCUAAUUUCAUCCUCUAUUAAUCGAUUGGUAUGUGUAUUAGCCAAACAACCAAAACAAUUGUCAUAACCUUCUCAUAAACAUAUUUAUUAAAAUAUACAUUCAAUCAUUCAAUAUACAUAUGUAUUCACGAUUCUCACACCGUGAGAGUUUGUCUCUUCUCCUCGUGUAACGCGUGCAUUUUGACGGUAGAUAUUCCACUAUAUUGCUAGUUUUUAAACGUUUCAAAAUCUAAGUAUUUGCUCAUUUUUUUACGAUGACAGAAGGAAAAACCAAUCCACAAAUGAUUCCCACGAGAAAAUGCUCACACUUUUACUAAAAAUAAACUGAAUAAAAAUAAUAAAGCAAAAUUAAGCCUAACUCGAUCUAAUACAGUAUAGAGAAUGUAGCCACAGAGAGAAUAAAAUUGAAUAGAGAGAGAAUAAUUAAGAGAUAUUGAGAGUUCCUGACGUCAUCCACUCGGGAAGAAGAUGCGAGCGAGAGAAGAAUAACUAGCGAAAGAUAGCAAAAAAAAAAACAAAAGAUGUUGCUUGCCACUCAACGAAAAAAAGUAUAGCAAUCGGUAAAGGAUAAUAUUUUUGAUAUACAACCAAUAGAAUCAGAGUAGGGUAGAGAGAUAGAAAGAGUUGGAAAACUACAAGCGCGUGUGACCAGUAUUAGAUCUAAAAAAAGGGUGCGAACAAACUGUCUAGCCACAACCAGAUAAAAAAAAACGAAUAUUCUACAACUAUCUUUACCUGUGUACACACACCCA